AUGGAGCAUCAAUGCUUCAAUUCCCAUCCCAAUUCCGGCAAUUCCUCACCCACCUCUCGUGAAUUGCUCGAAAACGAUCACCACCACCGUUCAUUCGAUGAACCACCACCUUCCAACGGUCCAAGAGUUAAGCUCAUGAUUCGCUUCGGCGGAAAAAUUGAUCUCAGGCUUCACGACGAUCAAAACUAUUCCUACAUCGGCGGUGACACCAAAAUCCUCACCGUCGAUCGUAGUAUCAAAUUCUCUAGCCUCAUUGAGAAGCUAUCAUCAAUGACGUUUUCUGAUCUUUGCCUAAAGUAUCAACAACCUGGUGGAGAGCUCGAUUCUUUGAUCUCAGUAUUCAACGAUGACGAUCUCGAUAGUAUGAUGUUUGAGUAUGAUUGCAUGUGUCGCGUUUCACCUAAACCUGCAAGGAUGAAGGUUUUUCUCUUCCCUCUCCCAGUUAACAAUGCAUCUUCUGAUUCUUUGGAUUCCGCUUUCAAUCUUGCGGUGGUGGAAGAUUCGAAAUCCGACGGACAAAUGUUCGUCAACAUGCUCAAUUCCGUUCAUCGUCCACCGCCGGUGGAAGAUUUAUCCCCUCCACCGCCGUUGACGAUGAAGACGAGUCCAGAUUAUCUGUUUGGAUUAGAUGACAAUCAGGCAAAAAUUCCGGUGACUGAACCGGAUUUCGCGGCAAAGGAUACGGAGUGUGGGACCGAGACGGUAACAGAAAAAGAGAUUCAGGAAAUUCAGAUGGUGGAAACUGUGAAUGAUGAUGAAAAGAAAGUGAAAGUUAACGGAGAAAACGACGGAAUUAACGGUAAUGCUGAACAGCAAGUGAAAUUUGACGGAGAAAACGGUGGAAAUAACGGUGGUGUUGAUGUUUCCUCUGAAGAAAACGCGGAAAGAGUGAUUCCGUUAGUUACUAGUGAACCUUCUGCUGAGGAUCCGGUUCAAGAAGUUCAACCCGGUUCAUAUUGUUCCUGUUCGGUUCAGGUACCUGAACCGGUUUCGGUUCAGUCAUCCUUUGCUUCAGAAAUGUAUAAUGUUGCUGUUGCUGGUGCUGGUUAUUCGAUGGGGUAUGUAAAUGAACCGUUACCGGUUUAUUUGAUUCCAACACCUUCUGGAUUGUAUCAAGCUAUGAGGCCGAUUACUGGACCAACUGGUCAACCGGUUUAUUUUGCGUAUUCGCCGAUUGUAAACAAUGGUGGUGGAUAUUCGCAUGGUUCUUAUGUGGCUAACAGAUCAGCUUUGCCCUUGUAG